AGAUGGCGGCGGGGGACGGGGAAGCUCAGUGUUGUCGGUGGGCGGUGAAGCCGUUUCCGCCACGGAGGCCUCUCCAGCAGUAAAAAUGGCGGAAUCGGUGUUGGAAGUUGUGGGGAAGCUGCAGUCGCGACUCUCGGGCAGUUCGGAACCCAAGAAGCUGCUGAAAAGCCUGAAGAGACUUUCUGAGUUGCCUAUCACGGUUGACAUCCUUGUGGAGACUGGUGUUGGGAAGACUGUGAAUGGCUUACGGAAACAUGAGCUGGUGGGAGACUUUGCCAAGAACUUAGUAGCCAGAUGGAAGAAGCUGGUGCCAGUCCCUCAAGAAGUAGAGCGAAAUAACAUUGAUUCAGAAGAACGUGACUGUGAGAGAAGCAGCUCUAGGAAACGGCAGCGAGAGCCUUCCCCAAAAGAGGACGAGGAAGCUGAGCAGGACUACUCGGAAGCAUUCCAGCCUUCCUGCAGCCAAUCAUGUGAGCCAAACUACAGAGAGAAGAAGGCCAAAAGGUAUUCAGAGCCUGAGAGAGCCCAUGAGGCCAUCAGCUAUGGCAGCCAGGAGGACAAGGGCUGGGGCAGAGCUUCCCCAGUGCACUCCUCAGAUCAGGAAUACUCAGACUAUGGACACGCUUUGUCACCUGAGCUGAGGGAGAGCCCUGAGGAACUGUACAUGGAUCACUCUGCCUCUGAGGAACAAGAGGUGGAGCAGACAGUGUUUCAUCGGAAAGCUAAUAAAGGCCACAGCUUUCAGGACAAGCUGGUGGGAAGCCACGAAAGGAAUCCCAGCGAAUCCCAAGACAAAGGAAACCUGACUCGGAGCAAAGAGCACAAGUCCUCUCACAAGGAGAAGCAGCGACUGGACACCAAGGGGGAGGUGAGGACCUCUGCCUUUAGCCCAGAAAGACUGCACAAGUCCUCUUUCAAGGAGCAGGUCCGAGAGGCUCCCUCAGCAGGUGGCAGCAAGGAGAAGCUCAGGACUUUAGACGGCACCAAGAGAGAGAAGAACAGAGAAAGUGGGGGCUCCAGGAAAGAAAAGUCACAACCUCACUUGGAGGAGGCUGUUGACAACCAUAAGAAGCAAAAACACCGGGACUCUGAGAAAGCCAAACUGGAAAAGUCCAGGCUAAGCCUGGAGAUAUCCAACGUGGAUCGGGAGAAACGGAAGUUAGAGGGUAACUCCUCAAACAGGAGCAAAGAGAAGGGGCUUUCUAGCAGCUUAAAGACUACUGAGGGCAAAUCCAAAGCCUCUGACUCAGACAAAAAAUCCGUGGGUUUCUCACCGAGUUUUGGGGAGGUGGAAGUGGAGGAUGAAUAUGAGCAGCCUAAAAUGUCCUUUGAGUCAUACCUCAGCUAUGACCAGCCCCAGAAAAAGAAGAAGAAGGUGGUUAAACCCCCUGCUCCUCCAGCCCCUGAGAGAAACAGAGGGCAUGGCAAGCAAAAUGGGUCUAAAGCCAGUACCAAGAGCUCAGACUCGAGCCGAAAGAAUACAAGUCACAAGCAGACAAGCGAGAAAAGGGCAGAGAAGAAGCAAUCUGGGACAUCCAAACCGAAAAAGAUCCCCAUUGAUGUGAUGCCAACGUUACCAGAUAUCCCUUUGCCUGCAAUUCAGGCCAAUUAUCGCCCACUUCCCUCUCUCGAGUUGAUUACCUUCUCCCAGACAAAGAGGAAAACAGUGUCCUCGCCCAUUGAGGAGGGUGAGGCUGGCUUUACAGGACGCAGGCUGAAUUCCAAGAUGCAAGUGUAUUCGGGCUCUAAAUCUGCCUACCUCCCCAAGAUGAUGUCUCUAUAUGAGCAGUGCAUCAGAGUCCUCAACAACAAUAUUGACUCAAUCUAUGAAGUCGGUGGAGUUCCUUUUUCGGUGUUGGAGCCAGUAUUGGAGAGAUGCACCCCUAAUCAACUGUAUCGCAUUGAGGAAUGUAAUCACGUUUUAAUUGAGGACACUGAUCAGCUGUGGCACAAUCACUGCGUCCGGGACUUCAAGAAGGAGAAGCCAGAAGAGUUUGAGUCCUGGAGGGAGAUGUACCUUCGGCUCCACGAUGCCCGAGAACAGCGGCUGCUCAUGUUAACACAGAACAUCCGCUCAGCUCAUGCCAACAAACCCAAAGGCAGAGUGGCCAAGAUGGCAUUUGUCAAUUCAGCAGCAAAGCCCCCUCGGGAUGUGCGGAGGAGACAAGAGAAAUUUGGAACUGGAGGAGCUGCUGUACCAGAGAAGAUCAAGAUAAAACCAGUCCUGUUCUCACCCGGUAGAAGUUAUGCCCAGUCUGAGGAGGAGCAGUCCUAUGAUGGGCCCAGCACCAGCAGUGCCCAUUCUGGUCCAUCCCCAGGCAGCACCACCUCUGGCUAUGACCCCAGGAAACCACCAGUGAAGAAAAUUGCACCCAUGAUGGCAAAGACUAUCAAAGCAUUCAAAAACAGGUUCUCUCGAAGAUAAGCUGCCCAGGAGAGAGAUGGGAAUUCCUCUCUUGUGGGGGAGUGGCAUUGAAGGUGGAGGGAAAGGAAGGCACCCAAGGAGCACCGAGUCCUUUCCUCAACAUGCUCCAUGGAGGCUGCAGCAGCUGUGAGAGGCUUAAAAAACCUGCACAAGGAUGACAGCACACUAUUUUUCAAGCCAGCCCUCCAGUCCCUUUCUCUACCUCCCCUGCCUUGCCUCCAAUUUCUGUCAAAAACACCAUGUUCAGAAUUAUAAAACCUUCAGAAAAUGUGAAGUCUUGGUAUCUGCUGAGAAGGGAAGGUCCAGAGACUAAUGUUGCUAUUUAACCGCUUAAUAAAUUUACAAAAUGGUUUUAAUUAAUAUUUCCCCCAGAUAUUAUG